UAUGAUAAGGAAAGAUGCUUACUUUUCUGAAUUGUAUCUGAUUUUGAUUUCGGACGCUCUUUUACUGGAUGAAGUUAUCUUGGAUUUGGAAUGCUUUAAAGUUACUUUCUUGACUAGGUUACCGCACGCUUCGUCAACCUGCUCAACGACUGCCUGUAACCUCAUUCUCAAGUACUUUCGUAAUAUUCUAAUAAGAGCGCCAUUAGUUAGGAUGAACGUUCCCAUAACGAUGAGGAAGAGAAUGGCAUUGAUGAUGACAAGCAGACAAUCUGGUAGAGAAGAACUCUCGGAUGGAGAGUAG